CGGAGGCCGAUACAAAUUAGUAUCGCUUAUUUUAAUUGUCCAGCAAUAAGAGCCAUGCGUUGGUUGUAGUUGAAGCAAUAAAGAGUACCCUCUGUCAAAAUGAUAGGGGGUUUAUUUGUAUACAAUCACAAAGGAGAAGUGCUCAUCUCCAGAGUGUAUCGAGAUGACAUUGGAAGGAAUGCAGUCGAUGCAUUUCGUGUCAAUGUUAUCCAUGCUAGGCAACAAGUACGCUCACCUGUUACCAACAUUGCAAGAACAUCUUUUUUUCAUAUAAAACGAGCCAACAUUUGGUUGGCUGCUGUUACCAAGCAAAAUGUGAAUGCAGCAAUGGUAUUUGAGUUCUUACUAAAAAUCAUAGAUGUUAUGCAGUCAUACUUUGGCAAGAUCUCUGAAGAAAACAUUAAGAACAACUUUGUAUUAAUUUAUGAAUUGCUGGAUGAAAUUUUGGAUUUUGGGUAUCCACAGAAUUGUGAUACUGGAGUAUUAAAGACAUUCAUCACUCAACAAGGAGUAAAAUCAGCAACAAAAGAGGAACAAGCUCAGAUCACUUCCCAAGUAACUGGUCAGAUAGGAUGGAGAAGAGAGGGUAUCAAGUAUAGACGCAAUGAAUUAUUCCUAGAUGUUCUUGAAUCUGUGAAUCUCUUAAUGAGCCCUCAGGGUCAAGUCCUGAGUGCACAUGUAGCUGGAAAGGUUGUGAUGAAAUCUUACUUAUCUGGAAUGCCAGAGUGCAAGUUUGGAAUCAACGAUAAAAUUGUUAUGGAUGCUAAGGGUACAAAGGGUGGAGGUGGACUGGGAGGUGGAGGCGAUGACCCUACUAGUGGUAGAUCUGGCAAGCCUGUUGUUGUUAUCGAUGACUGCCAGUUUCAUCAAUGUGUUAAACUCAGUAAAUUUGAGACAGAGCAUGCCAUUAGUUUCAUACCACCUGAUGGUGAAUUCGAGUUGAUGAGAUACCGUACAACUAAAGAUAUAUCAUUGCCAUUCCGUGUCAUUCCAUUGGUACGUGAGGUGGGUCGUACUAAGAUGGAAGUGAAAGCAGUACUAAAAACAAAUUUCAAGCCAUCUCUGCUAAGUCAGAAGAUUGAAGUACGAGUACCAACACCUCUGAAUACUGCUGGAGUGCAAUUAAUUUGUUUAAAAGGAAAAGCGAAAUACAAAGCAUCUGAGAACGCGAUUGUAUGGAAGAUUAAACGUAUGCCUGGUAUGAAGGAAACUCAGUUAUCCGCAGAGAUUGAUUUGCUUGAAACUGAUACAAAGAAGAAAUGGACACGGCCUCCGAUAUCGAUGACUUUCGAAGUACCGUUCGCCCCUUCUGGAUUUAAAGUACGCUAUUUGAAAGUGUUUGAAUCCAAGUUAAAUUAUUCCGAUCACGACGUUAUAAAGUGGGUGAGAUAUAUAGGUAAAAGCGGUCUAUACGAGACACGAUGUUAAUAACGUCUCGUUCCAUAAAUUGUAAAUGAGUAAUCUCAAUGCAUAAAUAUGACUUUCUUUUAAAAUUAUUUUUUUUGCGGCGCAUAUAUUGAUCAGUACUCUGAAAUACUCAGAUCAACUGGCGAACGACUAAG